CGAAAUGGAGAAACUAUCUGGAGUAUCUUCAUUCUUCGUUCCUCCAAAAGGAGUACGAGGAUCCAAGAUCUUAAACAAAGAGGCCUUCAAAACUAUCAUCAGUCUCCCUGCCCUUCGAAUCGAGGCCAAAAAAUGCUCACUAUUCUUAAAGAGUCUCAGCAAAUGCUUGUUAAAUCAACCUCGCUUGAGAAACAUCGUGCCAGACACCACAGCGAAAGACAAAAAGCUUCUUCUUUUGAACCCGCAGAAAUCAUUGGCAAGUUUAAAGGAGCAUGAUCGAAAGUUUGCCGAGAGCCACGGAGCAGAAGAGACGAUGUAUGAGUUAGUUUUGGGUUAUGAACAUUGGACCUCUGAACAAGUAUUGAGAGCAGUCUUGCCGCUUGAAAUCAGUGAAGUGCCUUCUUCCUUUGAAACUAUUGGACACAUUGCGCAUGUGAAUUUAAGAGAUUCACAGCUAGAUUACAAGAAAUUAAUCGGUGGGUGUUUUUCCUUUCACACACUCCUAGGUCCUAGAAGACAAAGAAAAUUUGGGAUCAACCUAAUGUUGGGUUGAUAAAAAGUGGAACAUUCCAUUUGGUAUAAUGAGGUCAAAGGGUUACUGGUCAUUUCGCCCCUAAUUGGUUUCGCCCUGGUUUACUCAGCUCCCUUUUCUAGAACGACGAAUACCGUAUAUCCUCUAUUAGCCCCCUUUCAGGGGAAGAAAGUUAAUAAGCCCCCCCUCUCUAUUAAGCCCCCGUCCCUUCCCUAAGUAUUCUUCACUAUUAAAAUAUAGACUGUAUUAAUCAAUCACGACCGUAGAACUUCGUGUGGACUGAUCUGGGAUAGUUUAUUUACCAACUGGAAGUUCGGAACUGAUUCUGAUCUUUGGCUACACGACCUAAAACUUCUUGUACUUGAGCUUUUCCACUUCGUAUAUUUUCUAGUUCUUUAUGAAGAACCGAUACCAUUGUCUUUUCUAAAAUACAUAAUCCCCCUCUCUCAAAUAAGCUCGGGGGCGGGGGGGUUAAUAGAGGAUUUAUGGUAUUACAUUUUAUUUUGAAGUGCGCUUGUUUUGCUUUCUGGCUUAUACAAAGAGGAAUAUUACAUUUGAAGCACGCUAAAUUACUUGAAAAUAGAGGACUAAGUAACCGGGGCGAAAUUACCCUGCGAGCAGAGGCCCUUUGAUCUUCCUAGAUAAGUCAGAAAGAGGAACCUUCCUCUUCCCAAUUUAUCUAGGAAGAUCGAAGGGCCUCUGCUCGCAGGGUAGGGCAAAAUGAUCGGUUACCAGUCAAAGUAAUGACAAUUUUUUUAUAUCUUCCUUAACAGGGCAAGUGCUAUUGGACAAGAAUUCACCUCAAAUCAAAACUGUUGUAAACAAGACUAACACCAUACAUGAUGUCUUUCGCUUCUUCCAAAUGGAAGUUAUAGCAGGAGAGAACAACUUGUACACCUCCGUAAAACAAGAUGGUUGUAUUUUUGAGUUUGACUUUUCAAAAGUGUAUUGGAAUUCUCGUCUUCAGGUGGAACAUAGUCGUCUUGUUGAGCUCUUUGAUCCUGGUGAUGUUGUGUGUGACAUGUUUGCUGGUGUGGGUCCCUUUGCUAUCCCUGCGGCAAAGAGAGGAUGUAUUGUUUAUGCAAAUGACUUGAAUCCAGCGUCAUAUGAAGCACUAUUAAAGAACUCCAAGCUUAAUCAUGUGGAGAAUAAAGUGCAUGCUUUUAACAUGGAUGGAAGGGAAUUUAUGAGAAAAAUGAUUCAGUUAUCAACGUCCUCAUCAUUAAAUAAGUUGUCUUCAACAUCAUCAUCAUCAAUAUCAGCCUCAUCCUCCUCCACAUCACUAUUUUCCUCCUCACCAUCGUCAUCCUUAAUGUCACCUUCAUUAUCAUGGGAUAAUUCUAGUGAGGAUAAUAGCAAAAAUCUCUUAAAACCCUUUGCUCACGUUGUGAUGAAUCUUCCCGCAAGUGCUGUUGAAUUUCUUGAUGUUUUUCGGGGUCUGUACUCUGCGUACAGACACUUGGCUCUUCCCACAAUCCACUGUUAUUGCUUCUCUAAGUCCCAGUCUCCUGGUGAAGAUGCAAUGAAGCAGGUCGAGGAGAGACUGGGAAGCAGCCUUACAAGUCAGUGUACCAUUCACUGUGUACGUGAUGUUGCGCCAAAGAAAGUUAUGGUCUGUGUCUCAUUUAAGCUGCCAACUUCUGUUGCUUUUGCUGAUGCUGGUCCUAAAUCUGAUACUGAGUCUAAGCGACACCGAGAUGACUGUGGUAAGUGGAUGUAUAGCUUUUUUUUUUAGUUUGAUCUUUGAUGUAAGAGAGAUACUAAAGGGCAUACUAUAAGAAUUUGACCAGACCACCUUUCAUGGAGUCUUUAAGGCAUGAGCCAAGCCAUCCUGAUGUAGCAGGCCAGCUGGGCUAACCUGGCUGGCUCACCCAUGUGAACAGGCCUCUAAAGAUUUGGACUAAACUUGCCCUUUUUGUUCUUGUUCUUUCUUAUAGUUCAUGCUGAGAAAGACCCCAAACAGGCCAAGUUGGAACUGUGAUAGUUGAGGA